CACGCUCGACGAGAAGCGGCCAGGCUGCUCACACAAGAAGGAGGAGAGACAAUAGCCUGUCUGCAGCGUGGAGUGGAUAGUGGAGUGUCAUCAUGGAUGUUUAGUGAGGCAAACGCAGGGAGAGAGAGAGAAAGUGUGCGUGUGCGGGUGAAAGCGGUCCGUGAACGCAUCUGGAAGUUGCCGCUGUGUUCUUAAUGUUGCCCACCGAGAUACCAGGAGUGUGUUUCACCUCAAGGGACCACAACGGGGCAAGGAGAGAAGGCAUGAAAACGGAGGAGAGCCAACAGUCGUGUCUGCAGCAGCCUCCAUCUUCAACACCUUUUGUCGGUCCGGAGUACUCGGGUGGCGGAGGCGGCGAGGUGUGCGCGGGCUGCUCGUCCCCGAUCGCCGACCGCUUCCUGCUGCGCGUGAACGAGCGCUCGUGGCACGAGUCGUGCGUCAAGUGCGCGGUGUGCUUGAGCGCGCUCACGGGGACCUGCUACUGCCGGGACCGGCUGCUCUACUGCAAGCCGGACUACGAGAAGCUGUUUGUGAGGAAGUGCAGCGCCUGCCUGCAGGUGAUCGGGCGCUCCGAGCUGAUCAUGCGCGUGCUGGGCCAGGUGUACCACCUGGGCUGCUUCAGCUGCUGCGAGUGCGAACGCCGGCUGCAGCGGGGCGACGAGUUUGUGCUGAAGGAAGGCCAGCUGCUGUGCCGCAUGGACUACGAGAAGGAGAGGGAGAUGCUCGCCGCCAUCAGUCCCACACCCACGGAAUCGGUGAAAAGCGAGGACGAGGAUGGCGGCGGGGGCCCGGGCGGGGGAAAAGGCGGCGACGAGGCCAAGGAGCACAAGCGCUCCAAACGCCCGCGCACCAUCUUGACCACGCAGCAGCGGCGCGCGUUCAAAGCGUCCUUCGAAGUGUCGGCCAAGCCUUGCCGCAAGGUGAGAGAGACGCUGGCUGCCGAGACGGGUCUCACAGUGCGGGUGGUGCAAGUGUGGUUUCAAAACCAGAGGGCGAAGAUGAAGAAGAUCGCUCGGCGACAGCAGCAACAGCAACAACAGCAGCAGGAACAGGAACAGCUGGGAGGGGGCAGGAGGGGCGCCAGUCGAGGGGGGCGCCAAAGCAACGACGACAGCGAGGACGGCUCCAGCGGUCACGGCAUGGACGGCAUGCUGGGGUACCCCCCUCUGCCUCGACAGCAGCUGCUCACCCUGGACCCCAACAUCUACGGCGGGGAACCCUUCCGACACGGCCUCACUCCGCCUCAGCUCAACAGCGAGCAGCUCCAUCCGUACGAAUCCGAGACGGUGUUCCACGACCUGGACAGCGACGGCAGCCUGGGUCACCUGGGCGACUGCCUCCUAGCAGCCGGCGAGGGCGGCCUCCUGGCCGCGCGAGUGGGGAACCCCAUCGACCGCCUCUACUCCAUGCAAAACUCCUACUUCACCUCGUGACCCUUACAAACGCUCGCCCUUCCUAUUCCACCUCUCACCUCAAAAGACGCAGCUAAGACGGAGUUUGUCCGUCUACUUGCCUCCGCU